AUGAUGAGGCAAGAAGGAUCCAUCGAGGGAGUCCUGCAAGCAAAGUUGCAACUUGAUUCAGGUGCUGCCAGGGGGGAUAAAGGAAAAGGAAAGAAGGGAAAUUAUGGAAAAUCUGAAGCUACAACUGAAAAAAUGCUACUGUCACCGCUAACAACAAAGAAGAUUAUCUGCAAAGAGAAGCGUCUACAACAACAAAAUAAAGCACAAAUUGCAGACCAAGAGCGAGAAGAGCAAUUUGAUGAAAAGCUUUUUAGAGAGCUUGAAAAAUCAGUUAAAUCAAGAGUCAGGAUUGGAAAUGGAGAAUACCUCCCAGCGGCAGGAAAGGGAACUGUAGCAAUUGAGAGUUAUAGAGGUACAAAACUUAUUUAUGAAGUUUUAUUUGUUCCUGAACUUGAUCAAAAUUUAUUAAGUGUUGGACAACUGCUGGAAAAUGGAUUCAAAUUAUUAUUUGAAAAUAAGGCGUGUCUAAUCAGUGAUCCUAGCGGUCAGAAAAUGUUUAGAAUCAAAAUGCAGGGAAAAAGUUUUUCUUUGAAUCCAUUGGUAGAGAAACAAAUAGCUUUUACAAGUCAGUCCUCCGUUGCGGAAAUGUGGCACAAAAGGUUGAGGCAUUUUCAUCACAAAGCUUUGUUGUUUAUGCAAAGGAGCAAAAUGAUAAGUAGUUUACCAAACUUGGAGAAGCAUCUCUCAAGAUGUAAAGCUUUGCUUGGCAAGCAGAUUAGGCUUCCAUUUAAAAUUUCCACAUGGAGAGCUACAGAGAGAUUGCAGCUCAUUCAUACCGAUCUCUGUGGUCCAUAA